AUGGCGGACCAACAAGCCCACACAACAGAGAUGAUAAAGAAAGUGAUGGUUGACCAGCAGGCCCAAGCCGCAGCAAUGAGAAAUUUGGAGCGCCAAAUGGGACAACUUGCUAGUGCCCAAAAUACUCAACCAAUUGGAGCUCUUCCGAGUGACACUGAAGCUAAUCCUAAGGUGCAAAUAAAUAUUCCACUGGUAGACAUCCUGCAAGAAGUGCCCAAAUAUACAAAAUACAUCAAGGAAAUAGUGGCAAAUAAAAGGAGGCUGACUGAAUUCGAGACUGUGGCACUCACUGAGGAAUGUAGCUCAAGAAUCCAAAGCAAGCUACCUCAGAAAUUGAAGGAUCCAGGUAGUUUCACUAUCCAAAUCUCGAUUGGUAAGCAUGCAGUCGGGCGAGCUUUGUGUGAUCUUGGAGCGAGCAUCAAUCUGAUGCCGCUAUCUGUGUUCAGACAGUUGGGUUUGGGUGAGCCACGCCCAACAACGGUAAUCUUACAGUUGGCUGAUCUCUCCCUUCGUCAUCCGGAAGGAGUGAUUGAAGAUGUGUUAGUUCAAGUGGGUUCUUUCAUAUUCCCUACUGAUUUCAUUAUCUUGGACUACGAGCCUGAUCAGGAAGUCCCAUUUAUUUUGAGGCGUCCAUUCUUAGCCACGGGCCGAGCUAUUAUUGAUGUAUGUGAAGGAAAGAUGACGAUGAGAGUAGGUGAUCAAGUGGAGCUAUUUAAUGUGUACAAAGCACUCAUAUUUAUGGCCCACUAUGAAGAGUUAACCAUGAUUUCUGUAGUGGGAAGCAAUGCUACGUCAUUGGUGCCUUAUAUGAGCCCCAUAGAUCCUCUUGAACGAGCUUUGAUUGGGAAUGAAGAAGACAUUAAAGAUAAGAUGAUGGGCGAAAUUGAGCAAGUACUUGACAUGUCAUGCAAUUAUGUCCAUGGGUUUAGGAAGUUUGAGGAGUUAGGCAGGCCUAUUACUCUGACCUUUCCUAAGCCAUCUAUUGAGGAAGCUCCAAAGCUAGAAUUAAAGCCCCUUCCAGCACAUCUGUGCUAUGCUUAUUUAGGGAACUCGGAAACAUUUCCAGUAAUUAUCUCGUCCAGCCUGACUACUUUGCAAGAAGAAAAAUUGCUCAGAGUACUUCGCGAGCAUAAAAAGGCUAUAGGGUGGACAAUUGCUGACAUCAAAGGAAUCAGUCCAUCAUUUUGCAUGCAUAAAAUUUUUCUGAAAGAUGGACACUGCCCCAGUGUUGAGCAGCAAAGGAGAUUAAUCCUAUCAUGA